AUGGCAGAAAUAAAACAAGCCUGUUAUGACGGUACGGGAGAUGUAGAUUUGUGGCGGAUGAAAAUGAAGUUCUAUUGUUCUACAAAGAAAUUUGAAGGUAAACAAGAAGCUCACGCCAUAGCGAGUAAACUCGAGGGGGCGGCGUUUCUAUGUAUUGCGAGAUUAGACGAUGAACUUCAAGAUGACCCAAAAGAAGUUAAAGCCGCUUUAAGGAAGGAAUUCAACAAAGAAUCGAUCGACCACGAGAAAGCUGUCGACGAAUUACGAGGUUUAAGGCGAAAAGGCGGUGAAACACCAGCACAGUUAGCGUGGAGAAUCGAAAAGUUGAUGGCGAAGGCUUACCCGGAGUUAUGCGCGUCAACACACGGAUCGGCAAAGAAAACAAAGGAACUAAUGUUACAUGAUACCUUUUUGGGAGCUAUUGACAAUGCAAUGAGUCGAAAGAUAAAGAGCGACAGUAAACAUCGAGAUUUAAAUUUAACACAACUUUCUGAAGAAUUAGAUCGGCUCGAGCUAAUUUAUAAAACAACAGUGCCAAAAGUAAACCUCGAAGUAAACAAUUUCAAAACGACAGGGGAAGCAGACGAAAUAUCGUUAAGAAAGAUAAUCAGAGAAGAGGUAGCAGCCGCCCUAUCCAAAGAAAACGAUGGAAGUCGGGAAACGGAGGACGAAACAAAACGUACGGUCGG